AUGUCAACAAGUGUUUGCCAAGGGCUAAAAUCCCAGUUUGACACGUGGCUCGCCGAGCCUCGGAACAUUGGGUUCAAACCAUCUGAGCCAAUACCAAAGUUGUCACCGUCCUCUACGUGUUUUCCAGUGUCGGACAACUCACAUAUCCAACAACAAAAUACUCCCCACAAGACUGAGGAUUUGGGUGGGUGGAGUUUCUUGCAAGAUCUUACAAAAAAUAACUCACCUCAAACUUCUGAAGAAGAGAAAGUGUACGUUCAUCCUCUGGUUAAGAAGUCGAGUUCUGUGUUAAGUUUGAAAAGCUUGGAAAUGUGUACCGAGAGUCUAGGGAGUGAAACUGGGAGUAGUAUUAGUGAUGAUGAAUUAAUCUCUUCAUCUUUCGUCUUAUCGGAUAUCGAGAAAUCUCCGGUAAGAGUACUGCUGCCAGCUGCUUGUUAUACUACUACUGUGAUCAAAGAGAGGUCGACGACGAUGACGAGCAGCAGUAGCUUUCCGCCACCGAUAACCACCAUUAGGGGUGGUUCUUCGGGUAAGUUUCAGGUGGAGUCUCAAAGGCAAGAUGGGAGGUUAGUUAUGAAAGCAGUUUGUGUUGGUACCAACAAGAGUUGUUUGAAGGCUGAGAGAAUUAAUGGAAGGCUUAUGCUUCGCUUCCUUGAUAACUCGAACGAGCUCGAUCUUGAUGAAGGAGACGAGUUUUGCGAUGUUAAUGAUUACGAAGCCAAUGACAAUGAUGAUGAGGACGAGGAUGAGGAUGAGGAUGAGGAUGAGGAUGAGGACAUGGAUGUUGAUAUUGAUAUUGAUGAUCAAUUAGGUAAUUAUGGAUUCGAAGUUAAAAUGAGUAAUUCGAUUAGACGAAGGCGGUGUAACGAAGAACAAGCAAGUAGGAGAUGCAGAGAUUUGCAAAAUUGGAAGCCAUUUUUGGUGGCUACCUCUUGA